CAAGUUCUGUACAUUUUUCGUUAAAAUGAAUUUAUGAAUUUAGUUUCGUUAAUAUAAUUGGCGCUUCGUUAAAAAAUAAACAAAAUAGUUAAAACAUCCAGUGAAAUGGAAGAACCAAAGAACAAACGUGAACUAACAGCAGCUGAAAAAGCUCGUAUAGAGAGAAAUAGAUUGAAGGCAAUGCAGCUAAGAGAAUCUAAAAUUGCUGUUUCAAAAGAGUCAGAAUGUGGCGGAAAGAUGAUCAAAGUUGAUGGGCACAAAUUCAAAGACACAAAUGGAGGCUUUUUAUUAGAUGAAGUGGACCAUACUGUCGAUGAAGAGGAAAGAGCAGCAAAAAUCCAAAAAUUAGCUGAAGAAGACGCUAUGGAAGUUCCAGUAUCAUACUUAACUUGUAAUGAAUGCUCUGAGGAAUUUGCUGAUUCCUAUUUAUACAAAAAUUUCGACUUCUCGUGUUGUGACAAGUGUAAAGAUUUGGACGAAAAGCACGAAUUGAUAACAAAGACAGAUGCAAAAAACGAGUUUCUACUAAAGGAUUGCGAUUUUGAUAAAAGAGAACCGCCAUUAAAGUUUAUAUCCCGUAAAAAUCCACACAAAUCGACAUGGGCUGAAAUGAAACUUUACCUUAAAUCACAAGUGAAGGCACGAGCCAUGGAAGUUUAUGAAAGCGAAAAAAAGAUUGAAGACGAACGGAAAAUUCGUGAGGAAAAACGUGAAAUAUCUAAGGUAAAAAAGUACAACAAGCAGCUAUCAACACUUCGUAAAAAUGUCAGAGCAACAUUAUAUGAUAAAACUUACAAGCCACACGAGCAUGAAUAUGGAAAAAGCACAUAUAAUGAGGAAACUGAUGAAUAUUCUCAUGCUUGUAAGACUUGCGGAUUCGUUGAAACAUAUGAGGAACUAUAACUUGAAAAAUUACAAAAGUCCUUUCCAAAAAAAUGCG